AUGCCAGAGAGACUCACGGAGCGUCUGGUAUUGUGGCUGUGGCUUAUGACUGUGUUGGUACUUAUGAGGACCUACAGUGGCUCUCUUACCUCCCUGCUUGCGGUCAAGACAGUGGAGAUAAAAUACGACUCCCUGCGGGACGCCCUGGACGACCCUGCCCUGACUCUGGUGCUGGAGGGAUCAACGGCACUCACCGGACACCUCCAGAAAGCGAGUGAGGGAGUGUUCGGCGAGUUAGCGGAGGCUGUGGGGAGUCGCGGGAUGAAGGUAAGGGCGAGUCAGAUGCAAGAAGUGGCAGCCAGAGUGCUCCCCGACGGCCGGCACGCGAUGUUCCUUGAGAAGAUUGGCUGUAACAAGCUGUUCUCUGACUACUUCAGCCGCACCGGAAGAUGUGAUUUCUAUUUCUCACGCGGUGUGUUCUGGCCUCUCCUCUACGCCCUUAUCACGCCCCUGCACAGCCCUCUUCUGCCCCUCAUCAAUGCCAGGAUCCUGGCGGUGCGGGAGUUCGGGGUGUACGAGGUGUGGGCCAAAGCAAUGACACCCAACAUGACCCACUGCCUCACUAUGCCCACCAAACUCAAAUUUCAGGGAGCCUUAUUCCCUGCAGCACUUGUGGGUUGUCUUCCUGUUGAUGGGCGCUGGGGAAUCAUGGCUGCGGCGGGGGACCUUCCUGAUGGAGGUGGUAAUGGGGUGGAAAUGAUGAUGAUGGCCACCCCUUGACGCCUCUUCCUCCUCUUACACCUCCGCUGCCUCUCUGGGCCUCGCUCGCUGUCUACCCAUCGGCUUGUUACGAAAUCUGCUCAUGUUGUUCUUGUUUCUCUUUGCUUGUUACUCGUUUAUCUGCUUACUAAUCUUUCUUUUUAUUUACUACGUUGGUUUCUUAUGAUGUCUAGUUAUGUUGCUAUGUUUAUUUAUCUGUUUGUUUGUUUGU